AGGUCUCUGGUCCCUGCCCAUCCUGAGUGACUCAUCUCUGGUGCUUAUGGAGCCAGCUGCUUCCCUGCCUUUCUCUCUGCCAGGCUCCCUUCUCAUCUUCCACCUCCUCAGCUUGUUUGCACUGGUCUCAGACCAAUUUACUGUCGUGGGGCCAGCUGAUCCAAUCCUGGCCAUGGUGGGAGGAAACAGCACAUUACGCUGCCACCUGUCACCUGAGAAAAGUGCUGAGGACAUGGAAGUGCGGUGGUUCAGGUCUCAGUUCUCCCCCGCGGUGCUUGUGUAUAAAGGCGGGCGAGAGAGGACAGAGGAGCAGAUGGAGGAGUACCGAGGAAGAACAACCUUUAUGAAGGAAGAGAUCAGCAAGGGGAGCAUGGGGCUGAUCAUCCACAACAUCACAGCCCAUGAAAAUGGCAUCUACCACUGCUAUUUCCAAGAAGGCAAAUCCUACGAUGAGGCCAUCAUGCGCCUGAUGGUGGCAGGCCUGGGCUCUAAGCCCCUCAUUGAAAUGAAAGGCCAUGAGAACGGGGGCAUCCGGCUGGAGUGCACAUCUGUAGGGUGGUACCCAGAGCCCCAAGCGGUUUGGAGGGACCCUUAUGGUGAGAUCUUGCCUGCCCUGGAGGAGGCUUACACUGUAGACGCAGACAGCCUCUUCAUGGUCACCGUGGCUGUGAUUAUCAGGGACAUCUCUGUGAGGAACGUGUCCUGCUCCAUUAACAACACCCUGCUUGGCCAGGAGAAGGAAACUGUGAUUUUAAUUCCAGAAUCCUUUACUCCCAGCACAUCUCCCUGGAUGGUGGUCCUGGCUGUCAUCAUGCCUACUCUGCUCCUCCUCAUCGCUGGGAUCAUCUGUCUUUCUAAGAAACUCCACAGGGAAAAAGAGAUUCUCUCAGGGGAAAAAGAGGUUGAAAAUGAAGAGAAAGAAAUUGCACAGCAACUUCAAGAGGAAUUGCGAUGGAGAAGAACCCUCUUACAUGCUGCUGACGUGGUCCUGGACCCGGACACUGCUCAUCCUGAGCUCUUCCUGUCAGAGGACCAGAGAAGCGUGAGACGGGGCCCCUACAGGCAGAGUGUGCCUGACAACCCAGAGAGAUUUGACUGUCGGCCUUGUGUCCUGGGCUUGGAGAGCUUCCUCUCAGGGAGACAUUACUGGGAGGUGGAGGUCAAAAACGUGAUGGUGUGGGCUGUGGGGGUUUGUAGAGACAGCGUUGAGAGGAAAGGGGAGGCCCUACUGAUCCCUCAGAAUGGCUUCUGGACCUUGGAGAUGUUUGGAAACCAGUACCGGGCCCUGUCCUCUCCCGAUAAGAUUCUCCCCCUGACAGAGCACCUUUACCGGGUGGGCAUCUUCCUGGACUGUGAAGCUGGAGAUGUCUCCUUCUAUAACAUGAGGGACAGAUCGCACAUCUACACAUGUCCCCGUUCGCCCUUCUCUGGGCCCCUGAGACCCUUCUUCAGGCUGGGGUCUGAUGACAGCCCCCUCUUCCUUUGCCCAGCAUUCACAGGGGCUCAGGGGGUCACAGUGCCUGAGGGUGGCCUGAUCCUUCACAGGACAGCGACCCAGCACACCUACCAGGACCAAUUCCCUGGUCUCAGAGCCGAGUAGAGAAGCCGUGGCCAUCUCAACUACCACAGCACAGCACCCCGUGGAAAGAAAUGGGCCCUCCUUCCCUCUGGUCACAUAAGAAAAACUCCUCCAGAGCCCCCUUGACACCCUCUUCAGGCCCCAGUACCAUCUCUCCCUCAUUAGGCUGUUGCUUUAGUAACUCAUUUGCUUGUAACCAUUGGGGCAUGGUCAAGUCUCAGGGAAACUAUUGCUACCACAUGGCUCCCAACCAAGAAGAAAAUGUGAGAAAGUAACAGGCAGAAAACCUGCCUCUUUAACAUCAGAGAGACACCUUCAGCCUGAUACUAGAGUUGACAUCAGAUGCUGUGGACUCAGGGUGAGGACAACAGGAUACACUAGGAUGUGAGAGAGGAGGGGGAAACCACAAAUGGAGGUCAGAAACAGAAGAAGCAGGACCAGAGAGGUGGGAGGGGGACCAGGCUGUGGCAGGGUUAAGCCCCACGGUUACAGCUGAGGGACCCCAGGAGCUGAUGGUCCAUUUCCAACCAACCCCCAAGAUUUCCAGACCAUGCAGAAAGCUCCCCAGGCCUAGAACUGAGAUGAAGAAGGAUGAAAGAUGAAGACACAUCUGGAUCUGGCCUGGCUCAGGUGUCCCUGCAAUAAACGAGGAGUCAGUACUCAGUUAUUGAGUGUGGACUAAGGUUUCAGGUCCCUGCUGAGCAGGUGGAUACUGGACCAAAUGGACCACAAGUUUCGGGUUCAGUGGGGAGAGAAACGGUUUCCAGCUUUUUGGCCUCAGGCUGCCUUUAGAUGCUGAAAAUUAUUGAGGACCUCAAAGAGCUUUUGUUUGUUCGGGUUAUAUCUCUCAAUGCUUAUGGCAUUGGAGAUUGAAACUGAGAAAUCAAAAAAUAUAUUUAUUAAUUUACAUUAUAAUAGCAAUAAUAAACCAAUUAUAGGUUGAUAUAAAAAUAUUUUAUGAAAAAUAAGUAUUGUUUAC